GGCUGAUCUUGGUGUUUGCCUUCCGCCCCCUGCCACACUGUUGGUUGUUCACCAACGGUUAUGGACAGCGGUAGAUCGAAACGCCCUCUGUUAUUUCCAAUCUGGCCAUAUGUCGAGACAGUUCUUGCAGGAGUGAAAUAUGCCAACACCUCCACUACCUCCCCCCUCCUUCAUCCCGUCCUGCAUCGGGAUAUCUCUCAAAGAUUUCUUAUCUGAUGAUUACAACACCUUUUCCCAUCUGUCAGUUCCGACUCGCUGCAUCGAACUUCCGCCAACGCACUAUUCGACAACCUCUCGUGCUGACCGUAAUCAUACGACAAGACGCUGGCGGUGAUAACCCGCAUAUUGGCCAAGCCUAGGUCAUUUCAACCGUUUCGUUACGGCUUGCUGUUAGGCACGGCCGAAGAUUUCCGCAACGCCCACGGAACGGCGACCGUUUCCCUAGAGCUUUGGCUGCCCAACGUGCCCCCAAGACUAGGAAAACUUUAGCACAAUAAUGUUGUUGUUUAGUAUACCGGUUCGGGCAGCGGCUCGUUUUAUCCAGACAACACAACGUGGCCAAGGAGCUCGCUGGAUUGCCACUCCAUCUCGUUUGCAGGCAGCUCAAGCCGCGGCCUCUGAAACGGUUGUCGAAGGAUCAAGGUACCACGGUCAUGUGGAAGACGUAUCAAGAUCAGACCGAGACAGACGAGACGAGUUCUGGCGCAAGAUCCCAUGGUGGCAAGAUAUAUCCACAGAGGACUUCCUGAGUUAUCGUUGGAGCAGUAGAAACAUGGUCGAAAGACUUCCGAAGCUGCGAGGCUUUCUUGAUGCGACCUUGCCCGAGUACAUCCCUGUCCGUGGUUCCAGCAAAGAGUUGGAGCCUCGGAACGAGCUUGUCAACGACGUCCUCGCAGGAAUCAAGAAGGCAACCAUGUCUGUUCGGCUUACCCCGUAUGUUCUCAGUCGUAUCGACUGGACUGACCCUCGCAACGAUCCCAUCUUUCGCCAGUUCAUCCCGACUCAGUCGUCCAUGGUACCGGAUCAUCCGCGGCUGACGCUUGAUUCUCUGCACGAAGAGGCCGAUUCACCUGUUCCUGGUCUCGUCCAUCGGUACCCAGAUAAGGCUUUGUUUCUCCCCGUGUCCGUCUGUCCGACAUACUGCAUGUUCUGUACUCGCUCCUACGCAGUAGGUGCCAACACCGAAACCGUCGACAAGCAUUCGUUCAAGCCCAUCCUUGCCAGAUGGGAGAAGGUGUUCCAGUACAUCGAGAAUACACCGGAUCUGCAGGACAUUGUAGUCUCUGGAGGCGACUCGUACUACUUGGCGCCUCACCAAAUCGAACUGAUUGGUGAUAGACUGAUCUCGAUGCCCAACAUACGUCGCUUCCGGUUUGCCUCAAAGGGGCUUGCCGUUUGCCCGACUCGCAUUCUGGAUCCCAACGAUACUUGGGUAGAUGCCCUUGUCUCGGUGUCCAACAAGGCGAGGAGGGCUGGCAAGGCGGUGGCGCUCCACACCCACUUCAACCACCCCAAUGAGAUCUCGUGGGUCAGUGAGGAAGCUAGCCAGAAGCUCUUCGAAGCCGGGGUCGUGGUACGGAACCAGACCGUGCUACUCCGCGGGGUCAACGAUGAUGUAGGCACCAUGUCGAUGCUCAUCCGCAAGUUGGCGAAUAACAACAUCCUCCCGUACUAUGUCUAUCAGUGUGACAUGGUCAAGAUGGUGGAGCACUUGCGAACGCCUCUGCAAACGAUCCUCGACUUGGAGUCCAAGAUCAGGGGUUCCAUUGCCGGUUUCGUGAUGCCGCAGUUUGUAGUGGAUCUCCCUGGAGGCGGUGGAAAGCGCUUGGCAAGCACUCAUAGAUCGUACGACCGCAAGACGGGUAUAUCAACGUAUGUGGCACCUGCAGUGACGGGUCGUGACAAGGAAAACAAGGUGUAUGAGUACUACGACCCUGUCGACUCUCUUCCCGAGACCCAACCAACCGAUUUUCUGGAUGGGGCGUCCCGACACACUGGUUGAGUCCGGUCCAGACUCUGCGAGUCGGCUCAAUAUAACUUCCGAAACCAUGGACAUGACGGUCAUCUAGAGUAUCUAUCAGCUCUGCUACGACAUCUUACGAAUGGGAAGGAGGUGGCGUACGCGGGAUACGGAUGAGGGGCCUUGUCCACAGCCUGUCGCGGGCAAGGCGUUCCUUUCCUUGUUCAUACAACGUACCAAACCCCGGCACCAGACCAAAUGGCCGUUCUGGUCUUGAACUGCAUGGCUGGUAACUGCCGCUGUUGGUUGUGGUUACAAAGAAGCCGGCGAUUGGUUGCAGACCGCGUAUAGGAUUAUGUAAGGCCAGUGUGAUCACCGUGUGUGACGAGAGACGGAUGUUGAUGGCCGGGCAGUACUAUAAUGACCAUGGAGAGAUGAAAAGCUUUCCUGAUGGGAGAGGUUUAAACUAUCUCAUACGUCUAUAUAUAUAAAGAC